AUGGACCCUGAGGCAGUCGAGAUCCAGCGGCUGCGCGCCUUGGCAGCCGCCACGGCUCAACGCUUGACAGCCAAGAAGGUGCAGCAGGGCCACUCCCUGCCCACGGCGCGGCCACCGAAGCGCCGGCGGAACGAGUUCCUCACCGAGCCGCCCAGCGCCGCAGGUGCUGAAGUCGAGAGGCCGACUCGCACACGUGGCGAGGAGCCACGCACUUGGGAGGCCGCCGCCAAGGUUGCCGAGGCUGCUGCAGAGGGCGGAGGUGACAACGGUUACACCGUCGUUGAGAUACCUGAUGACUUCACCGGUUUGCUCAUCGGAAAGCAGGGUUCGAUGAUCAAAAAUCUGCAGGCGGAGACCGGCGCGGCGCUGUGCGUGGGGAAGCUCGCGAUCGAAGGCAUGCGGAAGGUUUGCAUUACUGGCAGCUUGGAGAGUCAAGAAGCGGCCUACCAGAGCUUGUUGCACUUCCUCGAGCGCAACAAGGCCCUCCAGGACGCCAAGGCAUCGCAAGUCGUCGACUACGUGGAGCUGCCCAACAAGUUCGCCGGACGGCUCAUCGGCUUACAGGGCCAAGUCAUCGGACAGGUCAGGGAAGCCUAUGGUGUGCGGGCCUACUUAGAUCAAUGCUACGAGGCGCCCAUGCGGAAGUUGGAGUUGCGAGGCUCCGCGGAGGCAGUGGCUCAGGCCAAGCAACAUGUCGAGUUGUUGCUCUUGGAGCUUUAUCGCCGACACAAGAUCUACAACGCACCGCUGGAGAACAAGUACGGUGCCCAAGCCUCGCUGGUCUUCGCGGAGCCGAAGCACCUGGUGCAGCAAGCCCAGGAGGACCCGGGCACGUGGCUGCAGCCUUGGGCUGCUCACUAUGCAGGUAAUUUGGAUUGUGUCUCCCUGUUUGAGGAGUGCAAAGACUUAGAGGAGGAUCCCAUUCCUGGACUCGACUGA